AUGUCUGAACGAAAAGCCGUGAUCAAGAAUGCUGAUAUGCCUGAGGACAUGCAACAGGACGCAGUGGACUGCGCUACCCAAGCUCUCGAGAAGUUCAACAUCGAGAAGGACAUCGCAGCCUACAUCAAGAAGGAGUUCGACAAGAAAUACAACCCAACCUGGCAUUGCAUUGUGGGUCGCAACUUUGGCAGCUACGUCACGCACGAGACAAAGCAUUUCAUCUACUUCUAUCUGGGACAAGUCGCUGUGCUUCUUUUCAAAUCUGGAUGAUGGAAAGUUACAAUGAAGAAAUUUUGAUGUUUUAAACGUUAAAUCAUCUUUCGUGAUGACGUAAAGAAUGAAUGAAAAUAGCGUUCUUAGAAGUUACUUGUUUUAUUCGUGAGUUGAGUUUUAAGGUAAUCUUUUGUUUGUUUUUGAUGUGAGAUAACUUAUGUGGAUCUCUAGAGCAGAAUAUGAUGAAGAUUUGAUAAAAAACAUCUCACUUGACCGCUCAAUAUGGAAUGUUUAUAUCUCUAUUUCAAAGUGAUGCAGUAUGUUUUGAUUAAUCAUUUGCACGUUGCAUAUUAAUUUGUAUAUGAACCAAUAUUCAGCCUAUAUCCAACUAAAUUAAGUUUCUUGUGUUUUUGACACACAAAUAAAUUACGCAUGAUUCUACAUCCCAUAUUUUCUUUCAUUCACAUCAUCUUAUUUCAGGCCCCCCCCCCAAAAAAAAAUGGCUGAUAUGCGCUCGUUAUCCCGAAGAUUCCUUAUUCCGAACAUUCCAAAUUGUUUAACAAGCUGUUUGUUAAUCUGGAAAAAAAAACAGUUUGUUAAUCCGAACAUGUGGGUUCGAAUAUUAAGCCUUUGGAAUAUCGAGCUGUAACACUUUUUAAAACUGUAAAUUGCAAUAGUCUAUAAAGCAAGUAAUGUUACCGGUCGACUUUCAUAUUAAUUUGAAGUCGAAAUAUCAUUCAUUGAGUGAAAAUAAUCAUAAUAUUUAAUUCGAUUGCAAUCAAAUCAGUUAUCAUUAAAUCUGUAUGCAUCUAAAAAAAAAUGAAGUUUGGAAACUAUGUAUUUUGUUGAAAAGUUACGUUAAUAUGAUUUCGGGAAAUUUCACUUUUAGAUUCUAUUUGUCGAUUACUGCUGGUUCAUAUAUUGAUAACGAUGAUGAUGAUUACCUAUGAAAGUUUUUGUUUCCAUUAUAUAAAAUGUAGGAAUUUAAAGAUUCCAAAUACCACUUUUGUCAUGUUUGCGGCUGGAAAUAUCGGAAUUUGUGCAUGUUCAUUUGAUCAUUUCACACUCGUGUGACACCUUCAUAGUGGCAAGAACUCCCUGAUGGUCUGAUAUAGAUCGUCGCAAUGAAAGUAAAUUGAUACUCACAAAGGUCGAAUAUAUACUUCUAGGAGUUUUAUGAAGCCAAAAUGUUAUGCCUACAUCCUAAGUUGAUGGCAGUGCAUGAAUACGAUUCAUUUGGAAAUCUAGAAAUCUUCGCAGGUUUAGUUGAUCAUUUCACAAACAUACAUGUGCGUAUGUCUACGGAAGUUUUACCAUUAAUGAUACUUGGUUUUGAGCAAGAUAAAUACAUCGAUAUUCAUAAAUGCCGAAUGUGGUUACUAUCAGAUAGUACUAUCUGAUAGUAGCUCAAUACUGCCCGCCUGCUAGUCACAAACACUAUUUAUAAUUACGUCUCUCAUCAAUAUUAAUAUCAUUAAAUGAAAUAAUCGCUAUUCCUUAUCGAAGAAGAGUGUCGCUAGUCGUAGUACAGAACACGGUUUGUUAAUCAUAAGGGUUUAUAUCAUAGCGACCCCUUGUCUAAAAUUUUGAUUAUUGAAUUCUGUGAAUAAUAAACAUUUUGAUUUCAUAAAUAGUGAUGCCCUUUCUGUUUUAUGACGUAUGGGGACCUUUUUUGAAUAGUGGUCCUUGAAACACAAGUCAUUAUGACUAGCGGCUCUUAUGAAAAUCAGUCAUUUUGAUCAGCGGAACUGUCCCUAUAAAAUGUAUUUGAUGUGCAUCAAAAAGGAGAGCUAAAAUGCAUCAUAGAGGCUUUACAAAAGCAAGGUCCGUGAAUCGACUGAUAAGCGUUUCGUAAAAAGGAAUCGUCAGGUGUGUUUAAUCCGUCAGUUACCGUAUAUACAUGUUGUAGCAUUGCUUCUCAGCCAGUCUGUUGAUGAACGAUCCCCAGAUUAUAUUGGCCCACCGUAAACCUCUAAAUCAUGGCGAUAUCAACAUUCACAUUAUCAAUACCACGGGCGGAUCCGGGAUUUUCAGAAGGGGAGGGGUCACGUUUUCCUGAGGAAAAAAUUAACAAGAAAAACAAAAGGGGGUUAAAAAAUUAUG